AGUUCUCUUAAGGAAGUUUGUUUGUGCCCCCUAGUGGCCCUUGCCACCGGUUGAGAAAACACUGUCCUAUGAUGAAACACCGCCACCGAGCGGUGAUUGUGACGUAGUACACAUGAAAUGUAUCCGCGUGCAAAUAUGCUGCUCAGUCUGACAGCACGAACAGUUCUAGCACAGACGACGUUCGCAUAAAAAUACUAUUUUUAAACUUCAUGGAUUGCGCCACAGAUAUUUUUACGGUCACACACGUCAACAACAUCGUUGCUGAAUAAUGCGUGGCCCAUACCGGUUAAAUACGUUAAACGAGAGUCAGAUUUCUUCUUUUGGUCAGUUUAUCUGGUAUCUUCGCGGUAAAAUCACAAAGUUUUAGCGGAGAGAAACGAAGCGCGCUUCUGCGCGGCUCUCCGCGGGGAAUCAAACAUUAACCGGUUAAGCCAAGAGUAAAAUGCUCUAGGAGGAGCCUAAACGUGGCCCUCCCCCUCUCGCUUUUUAGCCUUUGACGUAUGAGGAGGGCGAUAGCAACAGUUGCCUCGAGACCCCCGCUCGCCAUAGUGACUGUAGUCGUGGAGACAGUUACUUACCAACGGGAGCAACACUCAGCAACAGCAGCAGCAGCCGCAACUGGAGGAGAGAGAGGGAAAAGAACAGUAAAGCCAGGGCAGAUCUAAGCAGAAGCCUGAGGAGAAACAUGCAGCGGUCAGAGGGCGGCUCAGAGACGGCGUCCACUGUGGCACUAAGGACGUCCACCUCAGCCCAGGCGCCUGUGGUUCAGCCCGUUCCCCCAUCACAACAGCGUGUGUUAGUUCAGACCACUGGUUCUGCCCAGAAGGGUGCUCAGGCGCAGCAGCUGCCCGUGCCUAGAGUUCAACAGGUCCCUCAGCAGGUACAACAGGUCCAGCACGUGUACCAGUCCCAGGUGCAGUACGUGGAGGGGGGAGAGGCGGUCUAUCCCAAUGGAACAAUUCGCACUGCAUACUCUUACAACCCAGACUCCCAGCUGUACGGACAGGGUAGCGGAAGCACCUACUUUGACUCCCAGGCAGGGGGCACACAGGUCACCACCGUUGUCUCGUCCGCCAGCGGAGUGCCCACUCACAGCAUGGUGGGCAUUGCCAUGGACGUAGGUGGCAGUCAAAUCAUUUCCAGCGGCAGUGCUUACCUGAUCCACGGUGGAAUGGAGAGCGGCCGUCACCACUCUUCUCACUCAUCCCGCUCCUCAUCCGCAAUGCUUGAAAUGGCGAUUGAAAACCUUCAAAAGGCAGAUGGGAUUGCCACUCACAAAAGCAGCCUGCUCAACAGCCAUUUGCAGUGGUUACUGGAUAACUACGAGACCGCUGAGGGAGUGAGUCUGCCGCGGAGCUCUCUGUAUAACCACUACCUGAGACACUGUCAGGAGCAGAAACUGGAUCCGGUCAACGCCGCCUCGUUCGGCAAACUCAUCCGCUCGGUGUUCAUGGGUCUUCGCACACGCCGACUUGGCACCAGGGGGAACUCAAAAUACCAUUAUUACGGCAUUCGUCUGAAGCCUGACUCGCCUCUCAACCGCAUGCAGGAGGACACACAGUACAUGGCAAUGAGACAACAGCCUGUCCAUCAGAAACAGAGGUUUAAGCCCUUGCACAAGAUGGAUGGGAUGGGAGACAGUCUGAACAGCAGCUCCCAGCACUUGUCCGGCACCCCAGAGCAGAGCGUAGCCGCCCAGAGCCAGCAUCACCAGCAGUACAUUGAUGUGUCCCACGUCCUACCGCCCUUCCCCUCUCCUGAUCUCGGCUCGUGUCCUUUGCCUGAGGCGAUCUGCUUGAAUGAUGUGAAAAAACUGCAGAACAACUACAGGAUCCACUGUGAGGCGACUCUUGAUGUUGUGAUGAACUUGCAGUUUCAUCUCAUAGAGAAGCUGUGGGAGACCUUUUGGUAUUCAACAGCGCCAUCUAGUGACGGGGGAACUACUAUUCCCAACAGUGAAGAGGAUAUGGAAGACAUCAGAGGUUUCCCCAGAGAGAAGCUGAUCUCUCUCUGUAAAUAUGAACCAAUCAAAGAUUGGAUGAGAAGCUGCGAUCACAUCCUGUAUCAGGCUCUGGUGGAGAUCCUCAUCCCUGAUGUACUGCGGCCUGUUCCCAGUACACUCACUCAAGCUAUCAGAAACUUUGCAAAGAGUUUGGAGAGUUGGUUAACGUCAGCCAUGAGUGACUUUCCACAGGAGAUUGUUCGCACUAAGGCAGCAGUAGUGUGUGCGUUUGCACAGACCUUGCGCAGGUACACCUCUCUGAAUCACCUGGCGCAAGCGGCCCGUGCCGUCCUGCAGAACACCUCCCAGAUCAACCAGAUGCUCAGCGACCUCAACCGAGUGGACUUUGCUAACGUUCAGGAGCAGGCGUCCUGGGUGUGUCAGUGCGACGAGAGCGUCGUCCAGCGUUUAGAGCAAGAUUUUAAAGUGACCCUACAGCAGCAGAGCUCUCUGGAUCAGUGGGCCACCUGGCUAGAGAAUGUCGUCAACCAGGUGCUAAAACCUUUUGAAGGCAGUCCCAGCUUCCCCCGCGCCGCCCGCCAGUUCCUCCUCAAAUGGUCUUUCUACAGCUCCAUGGUGAUCAGAGAUCUGACUCUGCGCUCGGCCGCCAGCUUUGGCUCCUUCCACCUCAUCCGUCUGCUCUAUGAUGAAUACAUGUUCUAUUUGGUGGAGCACCGUGUCGCCCAGGCAACCGGAGAGACGCCCAUCGCUGUCAUGGGGGAGUUCAGUGACCUCAGCACAAUGAUGCCAUCAAUUAUGGAGAAAGACGCAUCAUUCUCAGAUGAUCUGGGAAGUGAUGGAGAUAUGUCGAGAAGCAUGAGCGAGCCAGCAGUGAAGAGAGAGAGAAUCGAGAUCAAUCACUCUCUGCAGGAGAUCUAAGAGCCUCAUGCCAGCCCAGAGCCGGCUGCUUAUGUGUGUGUAUUCUCAGCAGUGAAUGUAGGGCUGCUUGGGCCAAACUAACACUAUGUGAGGUUUUGGUUUAUCUUGAGGGUACGUCAGUUUGUCUCUCUCUUUCUCGCUCUCCCCGUUAGGUUUCCUGCGACUGUGAAUAAAGAACUUGUUCGUUUUGUAAUGUUUUUCCUUUUUGUUGACGUGCCAUAGUCUUCAUUCAGUGCCUUAGAAACACUAGAGCAGACCUAUCUCUAUUUUCGUCUCUAUCUCUCGUUCUGUCGUUUUCUCGGCCGUGCCUCUAACCGCAGAAUGAAUGUAUCGUCUCAGAACCUCAGAUGUCUAAAGCACCUUUUAAAGAUGGCCUCAUUUUUAGUCGUGCCCUUAAAGACUUUCGGCCUCGGCCGUUACCUGCGGCUCUUCAGGCUUAGAUGCAACCCCGCUGACCCAAAGCCGCCCACUCAGCUGCACCGCAGCGUUCCGCCCAAACCUGCUGCACAUGCAAAUGCCUUUCCAUGAUGACAUGGAGGGUCGACACUUAAUCCUUGCAGUUUUGUAGAUAUAAAGCCCUGGCCAUAUGAGAUGACUAGUCUAUACCUCAACAGUUUUUACUCCUCAAUGUCUAACUGUAAUGUUUUGUAAAUCACUAUUGAAGAGCAUCCCAAUGUCAAGCUUCAGGAUGUACAUACGCCUAAUGUGUUGACGGUUAUUACUCUGGUAGAGCCAUAUUCCUAGACACCAAGUAGUGCAGAUCUCACCAAAUAUGGUUUGUAAAACUUUGGUUUAGUUUUGUAGAAGUUCUUAGUUGUUUGCAGUGGUUAUAAAGACACCUAGAUGAUUUGUGAAUAUAUUGAAAGUACCUGUGUGUGCGUGUGUGUCUUUAUACAAGGCCUUCUAAUGUAACUGGAAGUGAGUGUGCAUUCACCCGGUUAUGUGAAUAUUUUGUGUAAUUUUUAUUAAAUUAAACAUAUGUAGGCCUACCUGAGCUUUUUACAUAGCCUCUUUUUAUAAAGAUUAAAACCUUCCUUUGCAUAACAGA